GGAAAUAGUACGUAACGCUAUCGUGUCUAGCACCAGAUUCCGUAACAUUCUAUCUGAAAUGAAACUGGAUAUCAGAGACAGUAAAUCUGAUGUUGGACGAAGUGCAUGUGAUAUAAUCAAGGCUAUCCUUUUAGACUCAACUAAGGAUAACCGUAUUGUUACAAUCGGUUUAUCUGGUGGGAGUAUGCCUCAUCUUCUUGCACCACACCUUUGCUCUUUCUCGGAAAUCAAUUGGGAACUAGUUCAUUUCUUUUAUUGCGAUGAAAGACUAGUUCCAUUAGAUAGUGAAGAUUCAAAUCAUCAUUGCUACCAAGAACUACUCUACUCUAAAAUUAACAUUCCAUCCUCAAAUAUUCAUACUGUUAAUACAACAUUAUCAUUAGAAGAUUCAGCUGCUGAUUAUCAGAAACAGCUCUUAUCAUUCUUUGGAACAGCUAACGGUUAUCCACGUUUCGAUCUACUGCUUCUUGGUAUGGGUCCAGAUGGUCAUACAUGCUCCUUAUUCCCUGAUCACAAAUCGCUCUAUUAUGAAGAUUAUGUGGUAGCACCGAUUUCUGACAGUCCGAAACCACCACCACAAAGGGUUACUUUAACUUUGCCUGUAAUUAAUAAAGCAGCAAAAGUUGUGUUCAUGAUCACAGGGUCAGAUAAAGCUCAUGCAUUAAAGGUAAGAUAUUUUCUUAUCAUUAUUAUUAUGUGUCAUAUUUGAAACUUGCCACUGUAAUAAGUCUACUGAUUGUACUCUGCUUCUAAUAACCCCUGAAUAAAUCUACACAGCAACUUGAACACAGGAGCAACGGCCCAAAGUGCAAGAACCAAAAAACUGGUGAUAAGGAUUUAUUUGACUUCAAAAAGUAUAUCAGGAUGAUUUAUGGAUACACUACUGUUUACAUGAUAUAUUUACAGUUAGAUUAACAGUCAGAUUUGUAUAAUAUAAACUGAGCUAUAUUUAAUAGUAACAAUAAUAAUAACAUACUGUGUGAACACAUUUACCAUAUUAUACAAUUAACUAUAACAAAUAUAACUGAUUAAUUAGGUUAUAAUAUUACUCCCUAAGAUGUGACCCUUCACACCCAGACUAACAUCAUGAAGGCGCCAAAGAUGGCCCAGAUUAGCAUAAAUCGCUGAGUUUCGGAAGAAAAGGAAGAAUUUUACGCCUGUUACUCCCAAUGGAGCAUAGGCCGCCGACCAGCAUAAUUUUUUCUGGUUAGCGUUUUUUUAGCGAGUUAGUUUUCUACGGGAUGGGGACGCUAACCCCAUGCCCAACCCUCCUCCUUUAUCCGGGCUUGAGACCGGCAGUAGCCUCCGGAGGGACUCCAGGCGGAGUUGCUCAGAGUUUCACUAUACGUGAAUUGAUCUCAUCACUUACGUCACCACCAGCAUUUAGACAGCCACCCAUUUACACAAACUCGACUACUUCCAACUCCGAUAGUGAGUCCAGGUUCAAUGUCCCGCCAGUCUUUUAAAAGUAUUUCGCACUUAGGAGGUGCAAAGCAAACGCCAUUUAUUAUGAUUUUAAUAUAAAAAUUGUUACAAGGGAGGUACCCAAUACAUAUGUGCCACACAAUAAUAGUGAGGUUGUGAAGAUAUAGAUAAUGUAAAGUGUGCAUAAUAAAAGAACAACAACGAACAGAUAUGAGUGUAUGAGUGAAAUAAUAAUAACGAGAGAGACAGUUCUAUUAGCAAAUAAUAAACUUCUCAGGCACAUUCUUCCUCAAUAGACAAUUCCAAAUAGCAGUCCUGUCCAACGAGUCGAAGUUGGCUCCGAUGUCAAGAAACGUAACAAUUGUUGACCUGCAAUAGUUAUGGCGGUAUCCUAACAUUUUGUGAAGGGUGAAGAUAUGAUCGAUACAUCUUCAACUAGAACGAAAACCAACCUACUCCUCGUGAAUCAACCUCUCCUGGGUGUUGAACGAUUUGCAAGGUAUGAUGGAAGCCAAUAAUUUGGACGCAAUCUGGAGUCAAUGUAGCUCAACCGGUUUAUGAUGGUAUAAAGGCCUAAUCACUACUAAGAGGCAGCAGGUACAAUGGGGCAGACAUGUGCCUUCUAGUUAAACAUUUAUGAAUUAUUUACCAUUAGUUCCCUUCACAAUUUUAAACAGAGGAAGAACGACAAUAUUGGCAGAAUAUGAUGAAUUCAUUGUAUUUCUGCUUUCUCUCUUCAGCUACCCAGAAACCAAUAUUUUUAGUCAUUUACAAUUUUUAGAAAGUGAAUUGUUCAUCAACGACAAAGGAGUUAUGUGUAAUGAGAAAUUAGUUAAGAAUUAAAGUUUUAAAAGGAGUUAUGAUUGAUUAAGGUAAUAGUUCUCGAAUAUUAAGAUGAUGUAAUUACACGUUAUAACCACGAUGUUUAGAAGUUCAGAAAAAAAGAUAACAUGGGAGUUCAACUCAUUAGAUUGUGAUUUCAGUUAAUUGAGAAAUAGAGCGUUCAAAAUGUUUGUUUUGUGUGCGUUACUAAAACAGCUGAAUUUAUUUAUUUAAACGCAUAUACACUGGUACUAGGAGGCACCAAACAGAUAUCCGCCACAUAAAUCAUACUGUUCGGGCGCCCAAACCGAUGCAGGUGGUUUUCCUAGGGGACCACACCCCGAGCCUUCGAACUAAAGGUCUAAUCCACAAGGCGGUGGAGCUACGUAAGGUGAUGCAGUCCUAUGGUGGCCGGUGACCAAUAAUAGGUUCAUACGCCAUUUGCUUCCUCAGGAUCCUUGAGCGUGCUAUCGAACUAGGCUGGAAGUUUUCUCAAGGGCGUACGUUUUUUGAAUUAUAGUUAUAACCAAAAACUCUCGUACAAGUAUGCAUAUACAGAACAUCCAGAGUAACAUGUGACAGAUGUUUAUCUACUUUUGUUUGUGUUAUUGACCAUAGUGUUGUUCAUAGUAGAACCAAUCUUGCAGUCGAGAGUGUGCUUUUAAAAGUUCUUUUAGUUUUUAAUAAUUGGAAAUAAUUAAACAUAUUAGCUAAUAUGUAGGAAAGAACGAGAAAGCAACGAAGUAUAAUAAAGUGAUCCUUAUUCUGCAAAGUUGUCGCUCUUGCUUUGCUUAAACCAUAUAUCAUUAUACCGUUCAUGCAGAUUUGUUAAGUUUAGAUCAAUGUACAUUAUCUAAUAAAAUAUGCAUAGGUCAUAUUGUCUAAUCGUUUUUAUUUGCUCAAUCUGGUAUACCAUACUAAACCUACAUCACGUCAGUAAGUAACGUAAACUCACGUCUAAUUGUUUCGCCGUUUUCCCAGCUAUUAUUAUGAUCAGAUAAAAAACUACUUUUCUGUUUAUAAACAAUAAUUGUAUUAAUCAAUUAAUCCUUUAUUGACGCUGCUCUCUUUCUCUUCCGUCUAGUCUGUUCACCAAUCACCUAAUCCAGGUCCUUCUAUGCCAUGUUCAUUAAUUCAUCCAGUCUAUGGAGAAUUAAUAUGGAUUGUAGAUAAAGCUGCUGCCAGUUUAUUGAAUACAUAAAUCAACUGUAUUGUUGUCAAUAUAUUUUAUUACAUGUUUACUUUCUACCAUAAUCUUCGAAUUACAUUACUUGAAUAAAGCUCAGAACAACAAUUAAGGCAGAAUAAUAUCAAAUUCAUUCUAUUUUGUAAUUUUUCAUCAGCUUCUUACAACCAUAUAUUUAUUUAUUUAAACACAUAAACAUUGGUACAAGGAGGCACCAAACAGAUAUCCACCACAUAAAUCACUUGAUUUGUGUGUGGGCUGGAAUACUGCUCGGGUGCCCAAACCGAAGCAGGUAGUUUUCUUCGGGAGCCACACCCGGAGCCUUCGACAUAAAGGUCUGAUCCACAAGGCAGUGGAGUCACGUAAGGAAAUGCAGUACCAUGGUAGCUGCUAAACAACAGUAGGUUCAUACACCGUUUGUUUCUUCAGGAUCCUGGAGCCUAUGUACACCAUUGGUUUGGAAUUAGAGUUUUGCAACUCCUCUAGGUGGACUCUGUGUCCACCAACCCGGUUAAAGCGCCGGACAUUCGCUUUUCGUCCUCUCAAUUUCGUAAACAACAGUGAUGCCACGAGAAGGCAGUGAGUAGGACUUCCCUGGCAGUGGUUGUAUGCACGUGGCCAUGUGAGAGCAUUUUUCGAGGGAUAGUUGACUCUCCCUACUCUCGGUCGUACCAGGACAUCUGGGGGCUACAACCAUGUAUGUAUUAAAAUUGAGGUAUGAUAUAAUGUAAUAAAUCCUUGAUAUCUAUUUUCAAGUAAUCUGAAGCUUAUGUAAACUCUUCACAAUUUCUGAGAUUAUCAUACUAUUCAUCUUAACAGUUUUUAGAAUCCACCUAAUUACGGCUUCAUUUACCGAUGUUUUUGAAUUCCAUCUCUACUUAACCUCAAAUGUGUUUAUAUAUAUAUAUAUAUACAUGGUUAUCUCUGUUCUUCUAAUUCAUUCCGUCAUCAAUGUCAAUUACUUCACAUGAUAUCAUACCUCAAUGUUGCACUUUAAUACACAUCAUUAGUUGUAAACAACUCAUAAGAAAUCACGAAAUACAAUGAACGCAUAUUAUUCUGCUUCAAUUGCUGUUUUGGCUUUGAUAAAGUUCGGAAAAGGAACCAAUUGUAUGAAAUUACUGAAGGAUUAAUUUAUCCUAUAUGAUGAUAAUAUGUCAUUACUAUUUAAUAAUGAGUAGUUUAUAUAAUUUUGAUAGAUAUCUGUCAAAUUAAAUGGUUAAUUUAUUUGGCAAAUAGAUUUCUGUGAAUUUUUG